CAAAGUUUAAAUCAAAACCGUUCUUUUAUUAAAUAAAUUUUUACAUUAAUGUUGAAUUUUAUUGUAAUGUUAUCAUCUAGCUGUACUACUAUUAGUACAACCUCAUAGCGUUCAUUUUCGAGCGCCUUACUACACUAAAGUAAUUACGAAUAUAGUUUAUAUUAACAUUUCAAUUGAUUCUAAUGAUCCUAAUUAACGAGUCGUGAAUGGCAGAAUCUCAACUAACUUUAUUGGGACCUCUUCGCAUCUUCGUAGAAGUAAAACUUACCUUUCACCUUUACGUGAGCAGACAGCAGGUGAAUCUCCGCUAAAAAUGGUGUUUCAAAUUGAUAUCGUCGAAUUUAAUAUUAAAUUAAUGGAUUCGUUCGGUAACAAAAACCGCGUUUUGUUCGUUGUGCCGUAAAAAUCAAAAUGCGUAGACAUUUCAUAAACACAUUCGCGCUAAUAGUAUUAUGUGUAGUUUUCCUUUUAAGUGGAUUCGUUGUUAUUAACAAAAAAAGUGUCGUUAACAAUAAUAAGAAAGGACACGGUGAAGAAUAUGUUGGAAAUUAUGUUUCAAGUACAAAAUCGAGUGCUAGCCGGAAAAAAUUUACGACCCCACGGAAGAAACACGUGACAAAAUCUUUAAACGAAUUGCCGCCAAUGGACCACUUAAAUGCUCAUGCGCUCUUUUUGAAUACGAUACCAAAAAGUGGCGCCGAAGUACUAGUUUUGUUAUUAAAAUGGCUCCAGGGACGGAACAGUUUCAAACACGUGAAACUUAAAAAAGAAAACAACAACAAACUUACAAUUAUUCAACAGGAGAAUUUAAUAUACGAAGUAGAAGACACGUUGAGAAAUGAGGCGAUACCCGUAUCGUUCGAUAAAGAAGUUCGAUUUGUUAAUUUUUCAUUGAUUGGAAAGCAGUCGCCUACGUUCUUUACAUUAAUUCGUAAUCCGGAGGAACUAAUUACUGCAAGGUACCCCAAUUUGACCGAUGAUUAUAUAAAAAAUUGCUCAACAAAUGACCCAGGUUGUCUGUUUAACAGUAACGAUAAUGGUAUAGAACUUAACAUUCCGUAUUUUUGCGGAUACAGCCCACGCUGCGACUCUCUAAAUGACGAUUGGGCUUUGGCUGUUGCGAAAGAAAAUGUAGAAAAAUAUUACCCUGUCGUUGGAGUAUUGGACGAAAUCUACAGUACAAUUACUUGUCUGGAACUGAAACUUCAUUAUUUCUUUAGAGGGGCGACAAUGAUGUACAAGAAAAAAUUAUUAGGUUUUAAUAAAAAGAAGAAAACUUCCAAAAAUACAAAGAAGGGAGACUACAAACACCUCAAAAAAAUAUUGAGAGCAGAAAUAGCAUUUUACGAGUGGAUAAAGUUUAGGCUGUUCAAAGAUAUAAAUAAUAAAAGAUUGUUCUGAAGCAGUGUAUUAUUAUAUCAUAC